GAAGGGAGAGUUAUAUAGUGUACAAUAGCGUCAGACACCGCAUUAUACAUCAAUCGCGUUUGGUUGUUAGUGAUUUAAUUGCUUCAGAAUGUCGGUUAAGAACGAGAAAGUUGGCAUUAUUGGAAGCGGUCUAAUUGGUCGCAGCUGGGCUAUGCUUUUUGCCAGUGUAGGAUACGAAGUAAUAAUUUACGAUAUUGUAAAAGAACAAAUUACGAAGGCUCUUGAAGACGUCCAACAGCAAUUGAAACGUCUUGAAAGUGGCAGUCUUUUGAGAGGCACGCUUACCGCGGACCAACAAUUUAAGUUAAUUAAAGGAUCAUCCGAUUUGGCCGAAACUGUAAAGGGAGCUAAGCUAAUUCAAGAAUGCGUACCUGAAAACCUACCAUUGAAAUUGAAGGUUUACGCCGAACUGGAUAAAGUAGUCGACGAUAAAGUAAUUCUGUCCUCUUCCACGUCCACAUUCCGUCCAUCGUUAAUUAGCGAAAAGCUAAAACAUCGUGGACAAGUAAUUGUAUCACACCCGGUGAACCCCCCGUACUAUGUACCGCUUGUAGAAAUUGUUCCGGCACCAUGGACGCUUCCAGACAUCCCAGAAAAGACUAAAGCCAUCAUGACUGAAAUUGGUCAGAAGCCUGUUGUAUUUAAUAAAGAAAUCGACGGAUUCGCACUUAAUCGUAUACAAUACGCGAUUUUGAACGAAGCAUGGAGAUUGGUAGCUGAUGGUGUUCUGAACGCGAAAGAUGUAGACAUAGUUAUGAGCGAGGGUCUCGGGAUGAGAUACGCCUUCCUUGGCGCUUUCGAAGCCGCUCAUUUGAACGCUGAAGGUAUGAAGAAAUAUUGCGAAACGUACAAGAACUCGAUAUACGAUACCAGUAUGACUUUUGGCCCGACUCCCAAAUUCGAAGGUGAGAUGGCGGACAAAAUCAGCGAACAGUUGAAUGAAAUGUGUCCAUUGGAUAAACUUCAAGAGAGAAGAGCCUGGCGUGAUGAAGCACUGACUAAACUAUCAUUAUUGAAAAAAGAACUGAAUAAGAAGAACUAAAUUAUUUUAAAGUUA